AUGCGGAUUGCUCGACUAGAAGAAAAGAUGGAGAGUUUACUGGCUGCAAUGGACACCUUUGUCAGUUCCUCUGGCUCACUUGUGGGCCUGGCGGAUACUACUCGUUCCGGAGCUACGUCAAUUAGUGCUUCAGUGAACAUGACGAGUUCUGGUUUCAGUGAGAGACUGGCCCUGUCGAAUACCACGGUAUCAACGCACACAAAUUCAUCGCCUUGUUCCGAUUCUUCUGCACCAUCUCCGACGGCCUCACUGCCGAAUCAAGAAGAUGGACGGUUGGAAUAUUUCCGAACCCAAAUGCUGCCAUAUUUUCCAUUCAUCAACCUCACUCCGGAGAUGACGACGCAGUAUCUGCGCCAAAACAGGCCUUUCUUGUUACGAGCUGUUUACGCCGUCACGACUUUCUCGACCCAGGAGAAAUUAGCUCAAGUAGAGGAGCUGAAGCACCUCCUCUUCACAUCUGCAUUGCUCAAGGUCGAGUCCAGCAUUGACAUGCUUCUAGGGUUACUGACGUAUAUUGCCUGGAGUACCGAUACUUUCCUCGGCAGAGCGGAUUUAGUGUCUCGCCUCAUGAUGCUCGCGACAUCCCUAGUAUAUGAUCUGCGGUUGUUCAGGCCGUCCCCACCCGAUGUGCAAGUCAUGAUGGCUAUCUCCCAGGGUCAAGAUGAGGAAGCAAGACAAGGCCCCAACACUGAAACGCCGUUUAGUUUAUCUGAAGGGCGGCGGGCAGUAUUGGCAUGUUUCGUACUGAGUUCCAAGUAUGUAUCAGGCCUACUUGAUCUUCAUUAUUUUGCAACACUACAUCCUUUAGGCCAAUACCUAAUAUGUGACCCGCCCUAG